GCGUCACCGCCACUGCGGGCUGCCGGCACCUGCCGCUGCCGCAGGAGACACAGGGAAGAGACCCCGGGGCCACCAGGCGCUGUGUGGGGCGGCGGGGACGCGGCCGUCCACAUGGGCAGCACCAUGGAGCCCCCCGGGGGCGGCUACCUGCACCUGGGCGCUGUGACGUCCCCGGUGGGCACUGCCCGCGCGCUGCAGCUGGCCUUCGGCUGCACCACCUUCAGCCUGGUGGCCCACCGGGGCGGCUUCGCGGGCGUCCAGGGCACCUUCUGUAUGGCCGCCUGGGGCUUCUGCUUCGCACUCUCGGUCCUGGUGGUGGCCUGUGAGCUCACCCGGCUGCACAGCUGCCUGCGCCUGUCCUGGGGAAACUUCACGGCAGCCUUCGCCAUGCUGGCCACGCUGCUGUCUGCCACGGCCGCCGUCAUCUACCCGCUCUACUUUACGCGGCUGGAGUGCCCACCCGAGCCCGAGGGCUGCACCGCCAGGGACUUCCGCCUGGCAGCCAGCGUCUUCGCGGGGCUCCUCUUCUUGGCUUACGCCACAGAGGUGGCCCUGACCCGAGCCCGGCCAGGCCAGGUGGCCAGCUACAUGGCCACCGUGUCGGGGCUCCUCAAGAUCGUCCAGGCCUUCGUAGCCUGCAUCAUAUUCGGCGCACUGGUCCACGACAGCCGCUACGGGCGCUACAUGGCCACCCAGUGGUGUGUGGCCGUCUACAGCCUGUGCUUCCUGGCCACGGUGGCCGUGGUGGCCCUCAGCGUGAUGGGACACACAGGGAACCUGGGCUGCCCCUUCGACCGCGUGGUGGUGAUGUACACCUUCCUGGCCGUGCUCCUCUACCUCAGCGCUGCGGUCAUCUGGCCUGUCUUCUGUUUCGACCCCAAGUACGGGGAGCCCAGGAGGCCCCCCGACUGCCCGACGGGCAGCUGUCCCUGGGACAGCCAGCUGGUGGUGGCCACCUUCACCUACGUCAACCUGCUCCUCUACGUCGCCGACCUGGCCUACUCCCAGAGGAUCCGCUUUGUGCCCACCUUGUAGCUGGACAGGCAGCGACCCACCCACCUCUGCUUUCAGAGGUCACGAAGGGACCCAGGUGAACCCAGACCCCCAAGGAUGAGCAGAGGGAGGUAGCCAGGAGAGCCGGGCCUGGAAUUCUGGUGGCCCCAGCAGCUGCGCUCGGGGUGGGGCGGAGGGGGCCAGAGCGGCAGGAGAGGCUUCUGCCAGGCGGCUCCCACCCCUCUCCCCACUCCCUCUCUGUCUCUGUCUCCGUCGCUCUCCCUUUGCUGGCACUCCCUGUCUUAGUGCUGGGCAGUGUAACACAUGAAAAGCCUUUGAAGCAGCUGCUGUUAUGACCUGCUUUGCAGAUGGGGACCCCGAGGCUGGGAUUAAGGAGUCCGCCCUAACUGUCCACCAGGGUCUGGAGCCCACGUUCGGGCUGAGUGACCUAAGCAGAGUUGAAAAGGGGACAGUUCCCAGAGGUGUGGGAAGGAGUUGGAAGGGAGCCCAGGAGGGGGCCAGAGCUGGGCCAGCGCAGGGGCGUGGGGCAGUGCCCGGAACCCUGGAAGGACAGCUGCCCAAAGAGGGCCCUACUGGGGCAUCCGGGCCGGCCCCAGGAGAAGGAGCUGGGAAUCAGGACUCAUGGCUCGCCAGCCUCCUCCUCAUCACAGUCUCUUGAAGCCAAGCAAGGAUGCUGGAGCCGACGCCCGGGGCUUCCCGUCGUCUACCCACCCCCCAUGCAGCAGCUUCUGCA